UAUUUUUUGGAAUGCUGGGAUGAAAUUCCACAUCACGCAUGCGUAGUAACGUUUAAUGUAGCUGAAGGCCGUUGAGAGCACAUGGUGAAAGACGACCGCUAAUUUCGGCGUUAAAAUAAAGUGACAAGAACUAAAGUAUUUCUAAAGACAUAAAGCCAAGUAUUUAAUAAAGAUAUGUAUUAAUGUUCUGCUAAAUAUCUUCGUCUGUUACAAUGGGGAUCAAGGAUUUGCAGGCGUAUUUGGAAACUCACUGUUCAAGUGCCUGUCUCUCGGUUGACUUGCUAAAAAUAUCCAAAAGUUUUAUACCAAAGAGGCGUGGCAGGGUGCCUGGUUCAAGCAGAUUUUGUUUGAUUGUUGAUGCAGAAAGCUGUCUUGAUAGAUUAUAUGGAGGCUAUUUCUCUGACUGGGUGUGUGGUGGGCAAUGGAAUAGGAUGCUGACCUUCCUGUCAAAUUUGCUGCAAGCUUGUCAAAUGGCCAACAUGGAAUUGGUUGUAUUUUUCAAUGGUGCAUUGGAAAGUCAAAAAAUGGAUACAUGGUAUUCUGGACAGCUCAAUCAAAAGAAAAAAGUCAACAUGGUUUUGCGACAUAUUUACAACAGAGGCACACCCCCUCCAAAAGUAUGGUGGAAUCCGCCAAUAUUUCUUGGUGGAGCAUUACGCCUUGCAUUAAGACACCUUGGUAUUGGUGUAGCUAUGUCAAUGGAUGAUCAUGAGCAAGAAGUUAUCGCAUUUUGUCGUGAACAUGGACUACAGGGUAUUUUAGGACAAAAUGCAGUAUAUGCAAUAUUCGAUCCACCACGUUAUUUCUCCAACCAAAAUUUGAAGUUGACAUACAAAGGUUCCCUUGAAACAAAGGAAUAUGUGAUGGAUGAAAUUGCCAAGUCUUUGGAUCUGAAUCCAAAUAGAUUCUGCUUGUUUGCAGCAUUGUUAGGAAAUCACAUCUUGACUGAAGAAGAUCUAUAUGAUUUCUACAAAGAUCUUUUGGCUCGUGCUUCACAAGAUGCUGGUAAAACCAUUAAGCCCAAUCCAGACAAUGUUAUCCGUGCUGUUGUGGACUAUGUACGAAGUAUCCCAGAUAUUUCCAACAUGGAUUAUGUUGGAGAUGCCAUUUUCAGGGAUUCAGCAAAGGGAAAUAAAUUAGAUCUUAUCUCUAAACUAAAACAGAGCGUGCAGUACUACUUUAAUGGUACAGAGGAGGGCUUCCUUAGAUAUAAUCCAAGACCCACAAUGGGUAACUUCCCUCCACAGAUGGCUUCUAACAAACAACAACAGGAUUUCACUGGAUAUGGAGCACAUUUGAUGAAUGGGGCAGGAGCUGCUAGAAUCAGUCCAGAGGCAAAUAUUCCUAUCCCUAAACAGGUAAAAACUCGAAUUGGAAGCCGUGAGGUUGAACUGCCACAAGUGAGCCCAGAAAUAAUGAGAAUAGCUAGUGAGAGACACCAGAAGGGUAUGAUGUCACCUUGGGUGUACCAAGUUCUGUCACAGGGGGAGAUAAAGAUGGUGGUGACACUUGAAGAUGAAAGUGUAAGGGAGGUACCUACAAGCAUGGAUUUGUUCCGCUCCAUUAGGAAGACUGUCUACAGUGUGCUUCUCAACCUGAACAAACUGAAAAUUGUACAUGAGAAUCAGGGUAAUAAAAGAGUUGAUGGAGCAGGUGCUGCACCAAAAACAUUUGAAGUGCCUAUCAAAGAAUGGGUAGUACGCAGGGUUGGCAGUCAGAAACCUAGUUUUGACCUUGUGAUGGCCAAGCCAGUGGAGUGGAAGACACCAAGUAUUGAAAGAAUGUGGCUGGGACAGCAGCCUGAAGAUAAGACGAGGCGACUACGAGCUUUCCUUACCACUAUGCAUAGUGAUACUCCUCUUAUGUUAAACACAAAUUAUGUUCCACAACAUUUGUUGAUACUCAGUUGUGUUCUUAGAUACAUGUUGGAAUUUGGGAGAAUUUUACAGAGACAAGAAUUAGAUGCUUUCCUUGCCAUGAGUGUUUCACCUUUACUUCAUGAUGUUCAAACCAUGCAAGAUUUGAAGUUACCAUCAGUUCAACCUCGUGGAGUUGCUCUUGCUGCAUUGUUCAUGGCUGGUGUAGAAGUUGCUCAGUUUGCCAAUGAUGUUUGUGGAGCUCCAGUGCCAUGGAAUAUGGUGUGCCCAUGGCAGUUCUUUGAUGGGAAAUUAUUUCACUUUAAACUAUUGAAAGCCAACAAUAAUACACCUCUGAUUGACAUGUGUGAUGGUCAGGUAGAGCAGGUGUUAAGAGUGGAGAGAUUAAGACAAGCUAUCAUGGAAAACCUUCAGUUUGAAUUUGCAAAACCAUUUCUUCCAUCUGCUGCUAUGUACGCAGGCUAUCCUAUGCCGUAUGGACAGGGUCCAGGUGGACCGUUCCCAUAUAGACCAGCUGGUAUGGGUAGGAUGCCAGGUGGACCACCUCCACCACAAGGAGGCCGUGGGAUGGGCAUGGGCUUCAUGGGUCCUCCAGAGAUGGGUCCCCCAAAUCAAGGCAGAGGUAGAGGCAUACUUGGUUAUGAUAGACGAAGACGUUCUCCUGUUGAUGGAAGAGGAGGUCAGCUGGAGAUUGCAGGUGUUGUUGUAGGAAGUUGGGGACCGAACCUAUCUGCUUCAUCCAGGGGUAGAGGUGGUGGUGGUGGCGGCAACCAGAUGCAACCUCGAGUCAUGUCAGUAGGUGGACCGAGAAGGGGAGGCGGAGCCCGAGGCAUGUUUUACAGAGGUGGUAUGGCACCUAGAGGUAUGAGAGGAGGGCGAGGAAUGAUGGGAGGGCGUGGCAUGAUGGGAGGGCGUGGCAUGAUGGGAGGUCGAGGCAUGCCUGGAAGAGGAAUGUUAAUGCCCAUGUAUAGAAUGCCUGAGAGACCGUUCUAUAAUCGUAUGGGUCGUGGUUCUGUCAGAGGUAUCAGGAGGCCAGCAGUAAAAGCUAGACCUAAACCAGGUGGAAAGAAAAAGACACCCAAAGGUCGUGGUAUGACAGUAGAUCCUGGAAAUUCUGGUGAUAGUUCAGAGGCUGUUAAAGCAGAGAAGAGUGGUGAUGAUGAGGAGGAGGAGGAUGAGAAUUAUGAAGAUGCUGAAGAUGAAGAUGAUGAGGCUAAUACCGGUGCAAUAGGUAAACAACUGAUGCAGAAUGGCCUUCAGAGUCCUGAUAGCGGUAUCCACGGCGACAAAUCUGCAACAGAUAUUACACUCAGUACUUAAUUUGUAGUACACCAUCCGGCCAGUUUUUAGGCCCUAGUCCAAUACCAGAGCAGUUUUGAUUAACAUGUUCAAAAUGGGCAUUUUUGUGUGGGGUAGGGGGGUAUUUUUGGGGUACAUUUGGUGCAUUGGGAAAUGGGAGGGUUACAUUCUUGCUUCUAUAUAUCAUGACCUUGGUUUUGAUUUAAUUAAUUGAUUAAAAUUUUGGUGAUAAGGUGUUAAAUCAUUAACGAAAAUUGUCCCUGAUGUUUGAGAUACGAUGGGGAUAUAAUUUAAUAAUGAAAGAUAGUAAAAUGUUUUAAAUUUGAUUACACUUUGAUAACCAUCUUUUAUCUAGUUUUGGUAAUGAACGUGAAAAGAUUUGUGUGAUUAAUAUAUAUUAAUCAGAUCAAAGUCCUUUCUACUUUUAACCUUGUCAUGAUACAGUGGAGCAAGUAUCAUUUAUGAUUUUAUAUACAUUUCAAAGGUGAUGAAAAAACCAUGUUAUAAUAAGUUCCAAGGCAUAGAAGAUCAGUGACUUUAAUAAUAAAAAAAAGGACACCUUUGAAAUUUAUAUAUUUUACUCAUGUUGAUCAUCACUGCACUGGAUAUGUGUUCAAAACGGGGAAACAAACAGCUGUAUGUGAUGCCAGUGUUACCAUAGCAACCAAAUCAUGUUUUUCUUUGGUAUCUAUGGUAAUGGGUACAGGCCAGAACUGCAGAAAUUGUAAGAAAUACACACAAAUAAAUAUAAAAUAAAGUUAUACUGUAUUUCUGUAGUCCUGGGUUGUAAUUAUGCACGGCUGACGUUGAUUUAUUUUUGAUCAUAUUUUAUACAAAUCUAUUAUUUUUAUACAUUGAUAUUUGUUCAUUAUUUUCUAUGAAGUGGUUUGUUGUUAUCAUGAGAAUUGUGACUUUACACACGAAAGAUGUUUAAGGAUUGUUCACCGUUGGGAGUAGUUUUUGUCCUAGGAUUUCUGAUAUUUUCAGUCAACAAUUUACACACGACUACUAUCUAAACUGAGAAAUUGUGUUAAUUUGCAAGUUAGAAAAGGAUUUCUGCUAAAUACAAUUACACUGGGAAGAUAAGUAUGAUAAAAACAUGCUUUAUCCUGGAAAAAAGAAUAAAAAAUAAAAUCUUAUUUUCAAUUAGGAAUAUUUUAUUUGGGAGAUACAUUGAUAUCUGUACUAUUGUAAUAGGUAAUUUGACUUUAUUAUCAGAAUCCUAGGAGGUUAGAGGGGCAAGUUUUAUGUUAAAGUUUGUGUUAGAAAGUUUAUGUGAAGACGAUAGAAUGGUUUCAUAUAUUUUGGGGUGGGUGGGGUAUUAUUUUUGAACAAAAUACAUUUAUAAGGGGGGGAUGGAGUGAGAAAUGUACAGCAGGCUUUGUUUACCUGUCAAGAUUUGACUUGAAUAUUUGAUGUCACAUGGCACUUGAACCAUGUUAAUUGCAAGGCACUUGAAUGCCAAUAGAUAAAUUUGACUAAAGUUGUACCACAAGGUACACCAGUUGGACCUGGCUUUUAUGUUAAACCUAUACAAAACUGGUAUUGGAGAUCUGUCAGUUAGUUGAGUUUCCUCAUAUAAUGGUUAUACACAGAAAACACCAAUGAGAAGCUAUACCUAAGUGACCGUGUCUCCAGUGUUCAGUUUUAAAAUUGGUUGAUGUUCAUUGAGAACACUGAAGCCAAAUGAGGUAUUGUGUUUUACUGUUGAGUUAUAUUUCGCCAUGAAGGCUGGCAGAAUUUCAUCCAUUUAAUUGGAUUAAUAACUUAGUGAAGGACUUUAUUGAUUAUACCUGGAGACUAUAUUGCACUAUGUAUUGUGUAAAUUUUUAUUCAUAUACCUUAUAAGAAUGGAAAAAUUGUCUAUAUCCAUGCUAGAUGGAUAAUUUCACACACAAGUGUAGGAACAUCUAACAUUAUAUAAGAAUGAUUGAAAAGUAAACUCAAUAAAAAAUGGAAUUUUCUCUAGAUUUAUUGUUUAAUAUACAUGUUUACUACAGUUUUAUAUUAGCUUGAUUGUUCCAAGUAUUGAUUUACCAAUUGUAGUUCCUUCUAAAAGGAACAUUUAUCUACUACAUAUGUAUACAUAGAAUGUGCAACCACACUUUUGCUGUUUAUUAUUGAGAGCACGCUAGUGUGCUGUAUCAGUGGACAAGUAUGAAUUAAGGUAAAGGUGAAAUUUUUAAAUAUUUAUCGACUGAUCUAAGUUAGAUGGCAUGAAAAAUGUAGUUUUGACUGAAAGUGCAUAUCUGAAACGAUUGACAUGUUGUGAAACAUUUUGCCUUUAUAAUCGGUAAUUUUAUGCUGGAAAAGGUUGAAUACCUUGUAUUUUGGUAAUUUUAUGCCAUAUUAUCUUGGCUCAGUCAGUAACUAUUUAUUGUCCAUUGAUUUAGAUUGACAAAAAAAAUAGAGGAAAGACAUAUUUCGCACCUUUACCAAAAGUUUAUGUUGUAUAAACUGUGUAAAAUAGAAUUGUUUCGUAUAAAUAUGUUUAAAUUUGUUUUUAUUUUUCCCAGUGUUAGGACCCUGUUCUUUUUUUUUAUUAUAUAAAAAUUUAUUGAUCAUUUCAAAUUGAAUACUACAUGUGUAUUUAUUUGUGGGAAUUAUUUGUAAAAAGUAAAAUUAUACAAUAAAGUGAAUUGGAAAAAAAGAUAUUUUUUGGCAAAAAAAUCAAGUUUUUGAAGAGUAGUUAUAUAUAUAUACAUAGUGGAGGUCUUAUACGUAUAAAUUUUAUUCUUAUAUUGAUUGUAUAAAGUUAUUAUAAACAUUGUUUCCUUUAAAAAAAAAAACAUAGCAUUGCUUGAAGUGUCUGAUUUUAAGAAUAAUGAAAAUCCUUUUUUUUUCUUUUCCUGUUCUUGUAGUGUUUAAAUAAUAACAAUAAUAAUUGAAUAACUAUGACUGCACAUUUUUGCAUGUUUUUUUUUCUAUUAAAGGCACGCAAUGCUAUGUUUAAAUCAUUGGUAAUAAUUUGUAUUUUAAUCGUACAUAUAUUUGAAAAAAAAAUACAAAAAAAAAUGUUGUUUCAUGUCAUUUAUUUAACAAAUUGACAUGUUUUAGUUUGGUUUAUGAAUUUAAUUAAGGACUGUUAAGGUAUGAAAUAAAUGCCAUAUUAACUGGUCAGCUGAUGCAAUCACAAAGGCUCACAGACUUAAAUAAAUUUUAAUUGAUGUUGAAAGUUAAUUUUUUUAAUUUCAAGUGAUUUGUGUAUGUAGAAUUAUGCUGUCAAAUUUGCAAUGAGUAAAACAAAAAGAUAAUCAUACAACAUUUAUGAUUUUAUCUUAAUUGGACCAGUGGUGUUUUAUUACAUCAAGUAUGGUAUUUAUUUUGUUUUUUUACUUUGGCACAGAUUUUAUAUUUCCAAAUUUUUCUUAGGAGAGAUGAUAUAGUUUCAUGUUUUCUGUCAUUAUUUGUUAUUAGUGUAUCCAAGUAAAACCUUGAAAAAAAAAAAUGUAAAAAUUCUGACUAAAGUUUCUUUAAAGUAAAUUUGUAAUUUACAAACUAUGGUAUCAUAAGCUGCUUAUUUGUCUAGUUAUUUUUGUGGUUGCACUGUACCUUUUGCUUCUCUUAGUAUUCAGUAAAGUAUAAACCCUGUCAUUUAUCAUUGUUACGGAGUGGUGUUAAAUAAUAAACAAUUAGGUCACUUGUUGCUUAUGCUGUACUUGAAUAAAUAACAAAGGUCAUUUAUAUAUAGAUAGUUAAUGGUGUGCAAAGUGAGAAGUAAAUUUAAGUGUUUCUUUGGCAGUACGCUUUGGUUUAGCGUACGAGUCUUCAACCUUGGAGGUUUUUUGAAACAGUAUAUAUAAGGAUCAUAUGAUGACUUUUGUUAUUUGAUGUAGGUUUUUUAUACCAGGACAUGAAGGUGUUUACUAUGUUCUAUACAUUGAUAAGUAAAAGAUGAUUUUAAUAUAUCUUUGAAUAAGAGAAUUUCUCGUAAAGGAUUACUUAUUAAUUAAAAAAUACUUAUAUGUAACACACAGUGUGUAAAAAAGUUGAUGAUUUUCUGAUCUACUAUUUCAAGUACAGUGAAGCAAACAUUUAAUUUUGAGUAUAUAAUAAUGUAAUCUUUCUCCUUUUUAAUCUUUCCCUUUGCUUUGUUUAGUUAGUAUUAAGGUACAUUUUGUAUUUUUCUUCAGCCUUUCAUACACUUAUUAAAGUGGUAUGUAUAAAGAAAGUAGGUAUUUUCCCUGAGAAAAAAAAAUGGGUAGGAAUGAACACUGCAUCUUGUUAAUGUGUGAUAUAUAAAUUUCUAUUAACUUGUAUAUUAUAUUAAGAAAAAAAGAAAUUAUAAGUAUUUACAUAUUGAAAUAAAUUGAUCAGUAUUUCUGAUCUUGAAUUAAUCAUUAUCUUUAAAGAAAAUGGUGAUAAAGAAAUUUGUUCAUAUAAGAAGGAAAUAAAUAAAAAAGGACUUAUAUUGAGAUGAGGAAAAUAAAGUGGCAAGAGCAUGAUUUUGAUGGCCCUAUGGAUAGAGGUUUUGUAUGGAACGGCUGUUAUUUUUGAUUAAAUGUUGUUUUUGUCAA